AUGGAGUCAUUGGAAUCCAUUGAUUUCUCUAGCAACCAACUCACAGGGGAGAUCCCUCAAAGCAUCACAAACUUGAACUUCCUGAACAAGCUAGACUUGUCCUACAAUCACUUGGAGGGCAAAAUCCCAAUGGGCACUCAGUUGCAAAGCUUUGAAGCAUCCGAUUUCGUCGGCAACAAGCUAUGUGGUCCACCAUUGCUGCUCAACUGUACCAUGGACGGGAAAGUUCCUGAUGAUGAUGCUAAUGACAAUGAAAAAGAGAGAAAGAAUCAUGGAGUGAAUGGGAUUUUGGGGAUUUGUGGGUCCACUGUUCAUAUUCAAAUCAUGGAGGUGUAUGCCUAUUACCGUUUCCUUGACGAUGAUGUGUGGUACAAACUUCAAUCAUCAAUAACUGUUAGCAAUCUGGUGGCUAAGACUUCAAUUGAAUACAAGUCAUAA